AUGUCGACGGCAUCAGAUUUGCCAUUAAAACAUCUUCAGGACUCCUCGCCCGAUAAUCCCGUCAAGACAAACAACGAGGCGUCUGCUGGCGAUGCACGUGGAUUACCCCCUGACACGGUGACCGAAGCCGAAGCUUCAUCCGACAACCACGGCUCGGCCUUGAGCGACAAUAACAGGAAUGUCGAGGUUGCAGCUGGUCCGUCAGACAAUGCGACCAAACAAAAGGUGUACCAUACUGGGUGGAGGCUUCAUGCUUUAACCGCAGCACUGUGCUUGAGCUUAUUGCUGUCGACAUUGGAGACUACGAUUGUGAGCACGGCUCUGGUCUCAAUCGUCGAUGCCCUUCAAGGCUUUAAUAUGGCCGGUUGGAUCGUGACAUCCUACUUGGUAACAUAUACCGGUUUCCUCAUCAUCUAUUCCAAGCUCAGUGACAUAUUUGGCUGUAAACUUAUGCUAUUACUUGCGAUCACGAUAUUUACUAUCUUCUCUAUGGCAUGCGGUGCUUCUGACUCCAUGGUACCUCUGAUCGUCUUCCGCGCUUUCCAGGGGAUGGGAGGCUCCGGUAUCUACUCUCUAUCGACAAUCAUGGUACCGCUCAUGGUGCCCCCAGAGAAGUACGCAACCUACAUUUCUAUCAUGUCGUCAACCUUUAUCCUCUCGAGUGUCCUCGGACCAAUCCUUGGAGGAGCAAUCACAGACCACACGACAUGGCGUUGGGUGUUCUAUUUCAAUGGCCCUGGGGGAGCGCUUGCGGCUGUUCUUCUCGCCUUCUCGGUCCCAUUCAACUUUCCCUUCGGGGAGUCCGAUCGAUUCUUUCAUUCCCUCGCAUCGAAACAAAUGUGGAAGCGGGUUGACUUUGUUGGUAUGACUGUGUCAUUGGCUGCCUCCAUCCUCAUCAUUUUUGCACUCGAGCAAGGUGGUGUGGCCUACUCGUGGGGCAGUGGCGCUAUUGUAUCAACCUUUGUACUCUCUGGAGUCUUGUGGAUUGCCUUUGUUCUUUGGGAGCGACUGCUUUCCAAGAGCCACGGUGUCCGUGAGCCCAUGUUCCCGUGGAGCCUGGUGCACAACAGGUUUGUUAUGGGACUACUUUUAAACGGGUUCUUUACAGGUUUCCCCUUUAUGGCUGCUCUUAUCAACAUACCGCAGAGAUUCCAAACGGUCAACAUGACAUCAGCUAUCAACGCUGGCAUUCGUACACUACCCCUACUUCUCCUAUCUCCAUUGGCGACUGCUAUCAACGGGAUAUUGGUCUCUAAGCUGGGAGUCCCUCCGCUCUACACGCUCUUCCUCGGAGGUUCACUGCAGACAAUAGGAGUUGGCCUAUAUAGCUCCUUAAAAUCAUCAACCUCGAUUGCCUCCGCCCAAUAUGGGUAUGAGGCUAUCAUGGGCCUCGGUUUCGGGUUCAACCUCAGCACAAUCCUGAUGAUGGUGCCGCUCGUCGUCACUGAGAAGGAUUUGGCUGUCACAAUGGGAUCUGUGACACAGAUCAGAGUGCUGGGAGGCACAAUCGGGCUUGCUGUCUGUUCCGCUUUGCUCAUUAACCAUAUAAAGAGAGAAGCUGUCAAGUUCUUAACAGCAGAGCAAGUUGCACAAAUACUGCUGUCCUCAGAGAAUAUUGGAAUGCUCUCCCCCGAGACACAAUCUCGUACAAGAGUACUGUAUGCGGACGCCUACUCGGAGCAGAUGAGGGUCAUGCUUUAUUUCUCCAUUGCAUCUCUUUUAUCACUGGUGCUCCUUGUUGAAAGACAGCCAAGGAAAGCUCCCACUAAGCCUGAGAGAGCAGGAUAG